AUGGGUCUUUUAGCGUUGGGAACAGCCCUGGAUUGGCCAGAUGCGAAGAAAGCGGCAAAUCAAGUAAGGGAGUGGGGUAUUGAGCAAUUACUCGCAAUAUGGCGCAAGGCCAGGGGUAAAGAACGUGAUGCUCUUCUUUGGGGAGAUGAGAUUGAAUACCUUGUCGUCGUAAUAGACGAUGAACAUGAAAAAGCCCGUCUAUCAUUAUGUCAGGCGGAAGUUCUGGAAGCUUUGGCACGAGAUCAGGAGUUAGCAAAGAAAGGCGCCGUGGUUCAUGGUGUACAAGAUGUCUCGGUGAAGCCUGAUGCUCUUCCUACCUUUCACCCUGAAUUCGGUCGUUUCAUGCUCGAGGCCACCCCGGGUAAACCAUGGGGCAUUGGCUUUAAGGAUUUACUGGACGUCGAAUCCGACAUGAAGAAUCGUCGUGUCAUCGCCAAAAACCAUAUGGAUCCAGAUCAAUAUCCCAUCACCCUGACCACUUUCCCUCGUCUGGGGACCCGGGGCGACUAUAUAACGCCAUACUACCCUCCAUCGGGCCCUGCAUUGCGGUCGCAGUUCGUCCCGGACGAAAUUGCGAACCCACACAUCCGAUUCCCGACUCUCGCUGCCAAUAUCCGGUCUCGCAGGGGUCGAAAAGUCGAACUCAAUGUUCCCAUUUUCAAAGACAAGAAUACCCCUACUCCUUUCCAUGACCCGACUGUCAAUUACGAUCUUCAUAAGUGGCCCGAGGAUGAUGACGUCCGUAACGGGGCCGUCAAGCCUGAUUGUGUCUAUAUGGACGCUAUGGCGUUUGGCAUGGGCAGCUGUUGUCUACAAAUCACAUUCCAAGCGAAAAACAUUCGCGAAGGCAGGACACUAUACGAUCAACUAUCACCUCUGGGCCCGAUCAUGCUCGCCCUCACCGCUGCAACACCCAUCUACAAAGGAUUCCUCGUCGAUACGGAUGUGCGGUGGAACCAAAUCUCUCGAGCCGUUGACGAUCGUACGGCCGAAGAACUCGGCGAGGUUCCUCUGAAGAACGACCGCUGGCGCAUCCCCAAGUCCCGCUAUGCAAGCAACAGCACCUACAUCGCACAAGACCCACGUCUGCGACCAGAAUACAUGGAUCCCCACUUGAUCGUGGAUGAAGCACUGAAGCAAAAGCUCCUGGACGGAGGCAUGGAUGAACUUCUCGCAACACACUUUGCCCACCUGUUCAUUCGUGACCCGAUCGUAAUUUUCUCCGAGGACCUCAAGAGCCUCGAUCCCGAAGGUUCAAACCACUUCGAAAACAUCCAAAGCACGAACUGGCAGCACAUGCGGUUCAAGCCGCCGCCACCGGACGCGGAUAUCGGAUGGCGCGUCGAGUUCCGCAGCAUGGAAAUUCAGAUCACCGACUUCGAGAACGCCGCAUUUAGCAUUUUCAUCGUGCUCGUAACCCGAGCGAUUUUGAGCUUCGAUCUGAACUUUUACAUCCCCAUCCCACGCACGACGGAGAACAUGGAGACCGCACACAUCAGAGACGGCGUGAUGAAGGAGAAAUUCUGGUUCAGAAAGGACCCAUUCCCCCGUCGCAGUCCCAAACAAUCACCGCUCCUCAACGGGAUCAGUGAGCCGUCAUCUACGAUGACCUUGACGCCACCAAAUCAGAGCGGCUGUCCCACGACACCCGGCCCGAAAGACGCCUUCGGCCCAGUCGAAGACGAAUACACACUCAUGACCAUCAAUGAGAUCAUUAAUGGCUCCUCGUCAUCUUCAUCAUCAUGUGGCGAAGGAUUCCCCGGCCUGAUCCCCUUAGUAGAGUCUUACCUCGAUAGCGUCAACAUAGACGUCACCACCCGCUGUAAACUCGCCGUGUACUUGGACCUGAUCCGCAACCGAGCCAAUGGCACAUUGUGGACGGGCGCAAAAUGGUUACGCGAGUUCGUGAGGUCGCAUCCAGAUUAUAAAGGGGAUAGCGCAGUCGGGGAGAAAAUCCAGUAUGAUUUGUUCAAGGCCGUAGAAGAGGUCAGGAUCCAUGAGGGUGUAAACAAGGGUGUAGGGUGGGAGAUGCUGACCGCGGAGGAGAGGAAGAAGGGGGCUGGACGAUUGAUGGACUUGAAGACCAACAUAUAA